AUGGAGUUUGUGAGUAUGAAACGAGUCCAAUCAUCGGAGGAAGGAGAAGAGAGUUUGAAAGAGGAGCAAGUGUCGAAGCAACUACAUCUUAAAUCAUCGGAAACGCAAACGCAGAAUCUAAACAAAAGAGCGGUCCUCAACCGCAUCCGCGACCACAAAUGUAUUCACAAAAUCAAAAGUCUUCUCCACACUACCGCCGCCGCUAAUAAUAACGGAUCCACCGUCGACGUUGAUUACCGGUGGAUUGAUAGCGGCGAUGUCUUUUCUUGUCCCUGA